AUGACUUCCCUUUCUCUACCUGCAAAUAUCAACAAGGGUGAGGAAGCUCUGUUCGAAAUCGCAUGGACUAUCAAGGUUCUCGUGGACAAGAUUUCACGGUUGGAGGAAGAGGAAAUCGCUGAACGAAAAGUCGACAGAGAACAAAGACCGGCGAAGAGGCCCAGCGAUCUCGAAUACGUUAGACAGACAGAGGAGAGGGCAGCCAAACGUGUCAAAGUAUCCGACUACCAGGACCAGAGUGACGACGAAAAUGCGUGGAGAGCUAGCCCAGAAACGAUGGUUCUGGACAGUCCCAUCAGUGGCAAUUCCUCGGAGUACCUCAUGGCCACUUGCCGACGCUGGCAUACCGUAUAUCAAAUGUCGAAGGGACGCGAAAUUAGAGCGGUAUAUCCCACAUCGAUGGAUCUAACAGCACCCAUCGGAUUAUGCAUAUGUGGUGCUUCACUCGAGGCCAAGUUAGCGGCCCAACGCAAAACAAAUCAUCGCCUCACGGCUUGCAUCCGGCAGGUAAGAAUCAGCUCACGAAUAUUAGAUGGUUAA